GUGCCUCCAGAAAUUACUGAACCGCCACAACCAAAGACUCUGCUUACCCUUGGACAAAACCACACUCUGACUUGUAAUGCGUCCGGUGAGUCUCUACCAAAUAUAACUUGGACGAAAGAUGGUAUUCCCGUGGACAAAUUUAAUGUGAUAGGAUAUCACUUUCAUUUGAUGAACGUGAAGAGGGAGGAUGUAGGAUCAUACAGAUGUACAGCUAGUAAUGGAUAUGGAGAUGAUGCCACAAGUGUCAGCAUAGUUGGCAUAAGAUAUAAGCAGUCUUUCCUGUAUUAUCAAGGCUGUUUCUCUGAUUACAUCAAUGCCUUUGCAAAUUGAUCAUGCUUUAAAUUGGGACAGGCACAAUUGCAUUUUGAUUCAUGGUUCAAUUUUUCCAGCACAUUAUAGAAAAGUAGUUUUCCCUUUCAGUUCCCGUAAUCUGAUCUCAUUAUAGUUCAGACUUUGUUUACAUUUGUAACACGUGAGUUUGAUACAGAUACCGGUACCUGUGGGUGGAUGUCUUUGUGAAUGCGUUUUUGUCGGCGGUGCACUGACCUUCAUAAGGUUCAAGUUUGAUUUGUUAAUGUGAGCGCCAAGUAUUGCACAGAAAUUUUUGUGUUAAGAAAAGGUUUUGCACGCGAUAAUUACCUUUCUCUUAUCACUCAAGAAUAAAGUCUUGAAAAUUCUGGGAAUAUUUUUUCCCGCGCUUUGUUUCAAUGGCUGGUUGGAACAGUUUGGUUGCCAAACGAGUCUGAUUCAAAACCUUUUGCCUCAGAAGAAAAUACAGAAACACAAAGAUUGUAAAGACAUUUUUUUUCUUAAAACGUUCUCCAACUCGUGAAACAUACUAUUUGUAAAAGUGCGUGAAGAUAACCAUGUCGUUGGGGCAACUGAGUGUAUCCGUAAAGGGAUCACGCUCUUGGAAGAAAGUAUUUUUCAAGUUUUCCAAGAAGUUGAAUAUUCAACGGAACAGUAAAAGAUCACGGAAUUGCUAUUUAUGCAUAUCAAACUCUUUCCCCAGUGCGGCGAACAUUUGUUUUUCUCGGUUCCAGGUGUACGCAACCACUAGCCCCACGUAAUGCGCAUGCUCUCCGUUACGAAUUUUCAAAAUGGCGGACAGGUCAAAGAGGGAAAUCAAAAAAACAAAGCGAUUUUGCAAUGAAUUCUCAAUAUACACCCUCGUUAGAGAGGCGAAUCCACGGAAGAAAGAUACAAAACUGUAUGAUAUUGAGAUCGAUAUGAUAUUAAAUCGAUACCGAGGGCCCGUUUAAUUGCCUUCCGCCACGAUUAUUAGCUUUCUUGACAGCUUUCUGAAGACAGAAUACUUUCUUCCUGAAGACUUCUGAUAUGCGGCUAUUGAUUAUUACACCUCGUACACCUGAUUGCUCAAACACUUUGUUUACGAUUGUUUAAAGGACCGACUCAUGGUUCUCCGUCUUCGUCUUGACAUUGCUUUGAAAUAGUAUAGACUAGUAAGCUGAAACGAAAAAUUAAUCAGGGAAGUUUACGAAAAAUCCAGCAAACAAGCUUUAAAAAGGCAAUUAUUUAGAUUUCAUACUUCAACGAACUUCACAAAUCUUACUUGUUUAUCUUGUAAGUAAACGAUGGCAGAUUAAUUCCCGAAGCGCUUUCUGAGUUUCCCGAUCCCUCUCCUACUGCUUUCACGCUUACAAAACAGGAAAUAUCAAAAGGAGGAAGAUACAGCUGUUUUGAAACACCAUUUGACGAAGGUAAAUCUGCUUUUUGUUUGACACUUUACAUAUCAAAACAAAGGAAAUUUGUUCCUCUUUUUGAUUCUGGCGGUACAUUUUAAAUUUGCGCCUGCGUAAAAGAGAUAUCGCCCGAGACCCUUCGCUCGGUCGUGUUUUGAUCAAAAACGCCUUGUUAAUUUCACGCAACCGCUCGGAGAAAAGGUAAAAAUGACGAGGGAAAAACUUUAUCUUCAAGUUAGAAAAUUAGCGAAAUAGAAAGCCACAAUAUUAUAGUUUAAUAUUUCAGAGGUACAUUGAGUGCUUUUUCCGUAGAGAAUCCGCACGAUGGUAAAACAUUCGAAAAUUACACUCGAUUUGAGUGGGGUGUUGAAGUGGGCGUGGUCACUACAUUCAUGUUAAGACUAUUUGUACCCCAUGAGUUUGAUAUGAAAGACGUCUCUGUUCUUAGCUUGAUAUCAGCAAUGGUCAUUAUUGAGUGUUUACUGACAAAAAGGUGGAAUGUGUGCUAAUUUAUAAUUUUUUUAUUUUGUCGCACUGUAGGUAAUGAUUGUAAAAUUAGGAUCGUUAAAUUAGCAUUACAGAGUGAAACCUGGAAGUCAGCCUUAAAUAACAAAGAGUCAGUUGAGUUCAAAAUAUUGCAGGCAAAAUUGUCAUCAAAUGUAAGUAUUCUGCAGCAUUUCGCAAGUACAUUGGGUGACCACUUUAGGGCAAGAAACCUUUUUAUUUAAUAUGUUCACCAUUCUCUGAUGUUUGAGCGUAAAAUUCCCUGUAAAAAGAAUUUGCGUAUUUUUAAGAUGUCAUAAUGAACCUGGCAAACCUAUGGAAGCUUGUGUACUCGAUACUUUUUUUUCGAGGUAAACGAACCUUUAAGUUUAAAAAGUUCGAUUUUUUUGGAUUUCUUACAUUAGGUAGUAAACCAAAAAUGCAGAAACGAUGUUUUUUAUUUAGGAUACUCCCAAAUAGGUUUAGAGAUCAUAUCUUAAUAGCAAUGGACAAGUUACAACGAUGGCUUGGAGAAGUGGAUUAGUUACACAUUAUAAAUGUGUAAAUUUAACUCAUCAAGUGAGAGAAGUGUUCUGUAAGGUUUAGGGCUGCGAGUAAAAAAUUAUUGUCUCAGACGAUUGGAUUAGAGCAUGGUUUUUUGCUUUGCGUGAACAUUUGAAUUCUGAAUUUUAGCGUUUUUAGAGUUAAAGAUAACUCUUGCUCUUGUAUUUAAGAUUUCUUCAGUUUACACCCAAAAUCUUGGAAAACAGCUGUACACAAUGAGUCUUGUUGAAUUUAGGUAA